AAUCGAUAUAGAACAGAAUACAUCUAUUCGAACGAUUUUGCUGGAGUGGUGUUUUGGUGAAAGUUUUCCGAACGAAAAAUCGGAAAAAUCUGUAGGAAAAAAAUUGAUAAUUCAAUAUUCUUAUGACAAAAGUGAAUUAAAAGCGUUUAGCUGAAUGUCUUGUAAUGAUGUGAAUUACAGUUAAGUUCUCAAUUUGAUAAUCUGAUGUGUCUAAGUUAAAAAAAUAUGAAAAUUAUGUUGAUUUGAUGAAAAUGAUAGCGAACAGGAAGUAAUCAUUUUAGCGAAAAGUGCAAAAAUAUUUUUUUUAAGUUCAAACUAACAAACUUCAAGUGACAAUAUUGGAUUAACUUGAAUAUACCGUCAAAUAUCCCCCAAUCGAAUCACAAUGCAGCCACCGCCUAGAAAAGGAAACUACGUGAAGUUUCUCAAGAAUCUCCAUUCCGAGCAGUUGGCUAAACUUCAAUUGAAAAACCAACAUGAGUGUGAACUACUUGAGGACAUUCGGCAGUUCACAAUCAAAAGAUCAGCCAUUGAAAAGUCGUACAGUGAGGCAUUGCUUAAAAUUUCGUCAGCUUACUUGAAUAAGAAAAUGGCUAACAUUCCUGAAAUCAAACUAGAUGGAACGGAAAAAUGGAACAUGUGGAGUGUGUGGCAGACUGUACUCGAAGAAAAUGAAAAAUUGGCUAAGGCACGAUUGGCUGCUAUCGAGGUAUUUCAACAACAAAUUGCAGAUGAAGCCAAGAAUCUUCGAGAAUACAAAAUUCACAUAAGCAAGAAAUGCGUAAAUCAAUUAGGCAACAUUCAAAAAGAAGUUCAAACAACUGUUCAAAAGGUGGAUCUUACUAAAAAAUCGUACUUCGAUGAGGAGCAUAGUGCUCACGGCGUACGAGAUAAGGCCAGGGAUAUUGAAGAGAAGCUUAAGAAGAAGAAGGGAUCAUUUUUCCAAUCGAUAACGUCGUUACAGAAAAAUAGUGCUCGAGUUACGUCGCGAAAGGAAGAAUUAGAAGAAAAAUCAACUGGUGCUCGUAACGAUUAUCUUUUGAGUCUGGCCCAAGCCAAUGCUCAUCAAAAUCGGUACUUUGCCGUUGAUCUGCAAACGACCAUGACAACAAUGGAAAAUUAUGUUUUUGAGCGCAUUGCCGAGUAUUUGACUCUUAUGGGGCGAACGGAAUUAUUAACCUGUUCAGCCACACAAAAUUCGUUCAGUAAAAUUCGAGAUCAAGCUCAACAGUUGACAAGGGAAUAUAACGUUCAAUGUUGUUACCUAUUCUAUCCUGUGCUAAAGCAACACAUUUCAUACGAUUUCGAGCCAUGCGACAACGAUCUAGUAACUAAAAUUACAGCCGAACACGAUUCAGCUGCAGCAACGCUCAGCCGAGAAGCAAAAAUGUUUGCUUCGCGUAUUGUACGGGAAAAUAACGCAAUCCGAGAUAAUGCUAGAAAAUUGGCAGUCUGUGUACAAAUGAGAGAUGCCGGUCAGAGAACAGAUCCAAAUGACCCGAAUGGGCCAGACCUAGAAACAAAAAUGGAAGAGUUUAGAGAAAAUAUUCGAAAGUCUGAAACUGAGAAGGCAAAAUCGGAAGCGUGUCUAGAAUGUUUGAGGGCUGGCGGUGUUAAUGUGGACGAAUGGAUGCAAGAAGCGGAGACAUUAGGCGUUCAGGAGAUACCCCGUUCAUCUAGCUCAUUGUCAAUGCGAACGGAUGCAUCCGGACAAGGUGAACAACAAAGCACCGACUCAUUUUAUGACAGCGACAAUACGGAUCAAGAAGCACAUCCUAGUAGCACACAAAAAGAAACUCCUUCUCGACAGCCCGAAGUUGUGGAAGAUGAUAGCUCGCAGUCUGAAUCGGAUGAAGGCGACGUUGAUGCUAUGCUGGAUCGAGAACGUCAGAAAAUUGAACAGUUAACAGCAGGUUGGGACGAUCCAACAACUGUGGAUUGGGGCGCAGUGGAAGGUUCGACUCAGCCCGAUGCAGUUCCAGCAACUACUGGACCCAUAUUCAAGUGCACUGCGCUCUAUUCGUAUUCAGCACAAAACCCUGACGAAUUAACAAUAGUAGAGAACGAACAAUUGGAAGUGAUUGGUGAAGGUGAUGGAGAUGGUUGGCUUAGAGCCAGAAAUUAUCGAGGUGAGGAAGGUUAUGUGCCUCACAAUUACUUGGAUGUGGAACGAGACGUUCCGAUCGAUACUAGCAAUCAACAGCAACUGCAAACACAAAUGUCCUUUUCAUCUGUCGAUUACACCAUUGAAAAUGAAGAUCAAGAGGUCUAUCAGGAUUCAACAGUACAAUCUCCAGACCAAGUUUCGGUUAUAUCAGCGCCGGUAGCGGCAAAAUCGAACGAACCGCAACAAGAAUGGUGUAUUGCGUUGUACGACUAUGAUGCAUCAGCCGAAGAUGAAUUAACAUUCGAAGAAAAUCAAAUUAUCAAAAUUGUCAAUAAGUCUCCACAUGGUGUUGAUGAUGGAUGGUGGGAAGGCGAAUUGAAUGGAGUUAUCGGCAAUUUCCCAUCAUUGGUUGUAGAAGAGUGUGACGCAAAUGGUGAACCAUUCACAGAGUCUGACGACGAAUCACCGCCACCAUCAAUUCCACCAGUUUUCUCGCCUCCAAAAGCUCCGAUGGUUCCGUUCAUGGCAGAGUUACAACAGGCUGUACAGAAAGUGGAAGUAGAUAUGGCUGAAAACACAUCCAAGCAAGAAGUUAGUGCCGGAAAAUUUGAAAUUGAAUUGUCCGGAAACAAACAGAAACACUACGGUAAACAGUUUGCCGGCGCUCCCACUCCAGUCUUAGUAUUGGAAACGGAUUCGGGUUCGGGUUCCGAUCAUGAUCAUACAGAUGAUGGCGAAGAGGCAGAGCCGGUGAAAAAACCCUCGAAGGAUGUGAAAUCGAAGAAAGUUGUUGUUGACGAGCAUCCCACUGACAUUGGUUUAGGAUUCGUCCACAUAUCCGUCACAGCCGCCACUCCAAUGGUAGAAGACGCAGAAAAAACGUUUAAAGACACAAUCGAAGAGGAAGAUGAAAGUGAAGAUCCGGACGAAAGUUUCGAGAAAGAUGUAGCAGAAGCAGUCGACGAAAUUCUUGAAGAAGCUCAAGCGCAAACUGCCUCAGUUGUAGCAACAUCUCAGCCCCAAAUGCCAUCAAAACCCCCACCAACAAAUCCUCCACCAAAUCCUCCACCAAAUCAUCCACCAAAUCCACCACCAAAUCCUCCGUCAAAGAAAGCUCCAACGAGACCAACGCAACCUCCAUCUCAGCCUCCGCCCCAACCUCCACCACAACCUGAACCCGAUAAUAAUCAAUUCGAAGCAAAUUUUGAGGCGAACUUUGAAGCCAAUUUCGAAGCUAAUUUCGAUGAUGCAUUCGGUGAAUCAUCGCCAGAACCAGAACCACCAAAACAGGUGGUCGGCGGACGAGCUAGCAUACCCGAUGAUCUAGAUUCAGCACAACUGGCCCGAUUACAAAAUUUGAAAGAAUCAAAUGCAUAAAUUGAUGAAGGAUAAAUUUAGCGUUUGAUGAGAAAUUAGGAAAUGUUGCUGUUGACAAAAGUUGGUGAAAGUGUGUUGUAAUCACCAUAAUUUAUAAUUCGACAAAAACAACUCAUAAAAAUAUACUCACAGAAAUCUAUAGGGAAUUAAGUGUAAACAUUUCACACUGUAAAACAAAUCAUCAAUAAACAAAACUAAAGGAAACAAAUGGAAUAGAAUCGCAGAUAAAAGUUAAAAUGAAUUGAAUUUGAAUGACAUUAUUAUUUUGGAAGAAAUAAAAUUGUUAGGUUCAUUACAGUCAAUAAAUCGAAACCCAAUAUAAUCAGUUCAGUUCAAUAAAAAUCAAAAAGAAACGAAUUAACUACAAAAACAGGAAAACACUCUCACACACAUCUAAAUAAAAUAAUUUUCGAUUAAAUGUUGUACCAAAAAACAAAAAUAAAUAAAUGAAUUAGCAAUAUCUUAGAUUAACUACAUAAUGUGAAUGAAUAUAAACCAAUAAUAGAAUCAAUUAUGUUCGAAAAAAAAACAAACAAAUAUAAUUUGCGCAAAAAAUAUCAUUCUUAUCUAAGUAAUAAUAUUAAUACCAAAAUUCUGUUUAGAAAAGAGUUUCUGCAUGAAUUAUAAUUGAGUGAGUGAGUUUUUGUUAUGCUAACCAAAGUGUAGUGUAAUGGAAAAAAGUGAAAAUGAAAUAUUUUCCUCUCAAAAUACUGGCAAAACUAUAGAAGGAAAACCAUAGAUUCAAUUUAAAAUUUGGUUGAAUAGUUCGCUAAACCAUUCGUGUGAUUGAUAUUGAUGGAAAUAGUUAAUUGAAAAUUAAAAUAAAUAAAUUUAGCCGCCCAAUGGAAAGGGGACAGCAUCAGGAUAUGAGUGCGAUGUUAAAUCGGGUAACUGUGGACGUAAUUUAAAUUUUCUACUGAACCAUUUUUAAAUACCCUUUUCGAUCGAAAAAUAUUUUAUAGCAAAUAUUUGGUCAAUGAAAAUGUUACGUUCCCAUUGAUAUAAACGUCGAAAUUGGUUCAUUAGUACCAUUGAACAGUAUUUUCCAUGAUGAUCAGUAUAGUUGUUGAAUACCGAACGGGUCAAACGGCUCAGUUAAAUGGCCCCUUUAAGAGGCAUCGAUGAUAAAAUUGUAACCCACAUUUGCGUGUCUCGUAUUUCAUGUUUGAUGAUAUCUUUUCAUCAGAAUCGUCUUUUAAAAAUGUACGACUUCAAUAUCGACCACGAUUGUGAGACAAAUCAGCAGUUUAACAAGAUUUUCAUAACUGCUACAAGAUAGUCAAACUGCUACAACCAAUUCUAUUUUCUGUAGAAAGCUAACACAUUCGUGGUCGUUAUCGCGGUCUUAUAUUUUUUAACCAAAUGUAGGCUGCAAUUUAGCAUCGAUGACUAUUAAACUAAUGAGGAAGCAAAAUCUCAUCUGAAAUAGAAUAAAUGGAUAGAUCUAGAUGCUGUAAAAACUAUUUUGUCACGUCAUUUCCUCCUUUGAUGACUAUACCAAAGCUAGGUUCAACAUAAAUAAUUUCAAAGCUUCAAGCGUAUCAGCAAAAAAAAACUUUUUAUUUCAAGGAUAAGAAUUAAAUUUGAUUUAAAUACUCCGAUCGAAUUGAUUAACAAAAAAGUAACGUUCGUGUAUAGAUGAUUUAACCACAACCAUUUAAAGCAGAUCCUGAAAAAUUAUUUUUUUAUCGCACACGAUCCAAUAAUUUUUCAGAAAAUUUCUCUAAAACGAUGAAUGAUUUUCAUUACAGGAAAAAGUUCAUGAAUCUUAUGUUAGCUGCAUCGUCAAUCUAAGUUGUUGUGCUUGUGUUUGUGUUAAUUUUCAUUGUCUUCGUUGCAUAAAUGUAGGCGAUUUAUUUGAAAUAAAAAAAUUUCAACAAUAUUGUUGAUAUAAUGCCUUGAGUGAGAUGAAUGAGUGAACGAGACCGAUAAGAAAUUUGUUUGCGUUUUAUGCUAAGACUAAUUAUGUCUUAGGUUUUAUGAAUUAAAAUGAUGGAAAAUUGAUAUCCAGAAAAAAAUGCUUUGUUAGUUGAAUGAGUUCAGACCGCUAUAUUAUGCGUUCUUCUCUGCGAAUUGGCUAGAAACGAUAGUGCAAAAUAAGAAAUAAAAUGAUAUGAAAACACAGCUGUUAAAAGUUCGUAUAGGUUUUAUCAUCAAAAAGUACAUAUAUCUUCAGCAUUAUAUAUAUAAAAACACACACAACACACCACACAUCAUAUAUAUAGAUAUAUAAUCGUUAUAUUAUUUGCUUUUCGUCUUUCUCUAUCUCUAUUAAAUGAUAAAGAAAAAUUGAAGAAAUAUUUAUAAACCAAAUUAAGAAAGAAAAAAACUUGGUGAAAGGAUGCAAAAAAUCUUUAAACGAAACUUAACAAUUCAAAAGUUAGUAUGAUCUACAACACUACCUAUAUAUAUAUAUAUAUUUGGAAAGUAAAAAUUUAUUUGCAUUUGAACAAAAGAAUAACGAGAACGUAGCUUUUCUCUUUGCCUUUUCCUGUAUUUACCUAAAACAAAGUCCUCUUAUUGCUAUGGAACUCAUUGGAAUCGAAGAAUUUCCACUUAUUAAUUGUAAAAAGAAGAAGAAGAAUAAUAAUUAAUUGAAAAAAAUAUAUUUGUGUUAUUGACUAAUUCGUAGGCAAUGGCAAGCAGACAUAAGAAUGAUAACAAAAAAAUUUAGUUUAAAUUUAGUUUAAUUUAUCCGGCGCUCUAUUCAUCAUUUCGAAUUGAUUGUUUCAUUCAGCAAGAAAUAAAUAAUGUGUUGAACAGUUAAGCA